GCUAUUAGUUGAAGAGUAUAAGACACGCGUGGCUUAGAGACGGCACACGUGUCACCAUGGUGUCUGCUGUGGCCGUGUGCUGCCUGCUCGCCGCGCUGGCGACGCGCGCUACCACCACUCCCGUGCCCCUGCAGCCUCUACAAGCGGACUCGCACCCGCUGGGCCUGGUGUCGGAGCUGAGCUCGCGGCUGGGUGCUCACCCGGCGCGGCUGCAGGACGCUCGCCUGCCGCUGCCCUCGCCGCAGGACCUGGACGCCAUCCGCAAGGUGGCGCAGAUCCUCGUCAUGCUUGGACAACAGGUGAUACCGGCGAUCAUAGGCGAGCCCCCGCUCCCCCCCGCGCCGUGCGAGGCGGCGGGCGGCGGGGGGGAGGUGCCCAACGACCCCGUCAGCGUCAACGACAGGCAGGCUUAGGGGAUCUACUCUACUACCUAGAUCCUACGUGUCGUUUCCAACACUGUAGUGCAAAUUCUAAUUCAUUCAUAACAUAUUAUUACUGUGUAUAAUCUCAAGAAUCCAUCGGCAUCGUACAUUUUUAUGACGGCUAUCUGCAAUUCCAUCAUUAUAGCAAGUAAUUGUGACAGAAAUAAUCGCAGACAUUAUGCUUCAACAAGGUUCAUUUCAUUAAUUAUGAAUUCCUAAUCAUAACGUGUUUCCAUUUUAAUUAAGAAGUGUUGUGUAUAAUCUCGGCAGAUUAGUUUUAUUUAUAUUUGUGUAAUAUUCGGGGUUUUGUAUAACAUUGUAAAUAAGCUGCUUCCGUACGUGUAUGAUUUUAGUCAAGGUUAAUAAAUAUUUGCAAAGCA